CAUCAACCUUAUAUGUUCAUGUUGGAUUGUGGAGUAUGUCGAAAUCCGGUGGAAUGGCUGAUUCAGCGAUCAGUCUCAUGCCUAGAGCGAGAGCUGUGAGAUGCGAUGCCAGGCCUUUGGUGACCCCGAGGACCUGAAGCGCGACGGCCUGCGUGUGUUCGAUGCCACUGAGACUGGUGAUUACAUUUAUAUCACAAGGGCGAUCAAAUCACGAUUUACAAACAUUCAAGGUAGUCAUAGAGAGUCAUGUGAAGAGAAGGAGAAAGAGCUGCGUCAUUGAGAAGCGACGAGCUGUGCUAUCUGCGAAUGAAUCCAUGCCAGGAUCAAGAGCUGCGUCAUCGAGAAGGGACGAACGAUGCGGUGUACAAAAGAGUCCAUACCAGGAGAAAGAGCGUCACCGAGAACGCGCUAGAGAGAGAGAGAGAGAGAGAGAGAGAGAGAGAGAGAGAGCCGCGUCAUCGAGAACAAGCCUGCCAUGCCAUAUCGCCUGGUCAACACCAACACCACCAGCCUGCCCAGCCAGCACGUUCCAUCUCGGGCACACCACCUCACCUGACGCGCUGAUGCCCUGUGGGUCAACAACGCGUCUUGGGCAAGGAAGGCGGCCACCAGCGAGAGUAGUACGACAGCAUAUCAUCGCCUUAUCGGUCGAGAUUUGCUUUGGCGCCGUACUACCUACUCUCUGGGGUCGAGACGAACGCGCUGGGCGGGUGCUGCGUCGAUGUUAUUGGCGUCGCGGGAGCGGGGUCGGCGGCGGUCCACGAUGGGAGCGGGGGGAGCAUCUUCCGGGCGCACGCGCUUGAGG